GGGAUUUGGAGAAGGAUUCGGGCUUGUUCUCCUUGGGGAAUCGGGGUUUGUUGCCUUGGAAGGGUCCUUAGGGCUAGGGGAGUUCAGGCACUGGGGGGGAUUCGUUUCCGUGGGGUGGUUCUGGAAUUUUCCUGGUGGGAUUCGGGGUGGUUCCCAACUUUCCCUCAUGGGUUUCAUUUCCCCUGGUUAGAUUCGGCAUGAUUCCCAAAUUUCCCUCCUGGGAUUCAUUUCCCCGAUGGGAUUUGGGCACUGCCAAGGCCCAUCACUCCUCCAACACCCCUAAAACAUCCCGGGAAUUUAAAAAAAAUCCCAAAAUCAAAACUGAAUUCUGGCCAUCCGGAAUCGUGUCCGUGGCUUUAAACCAAUCCCUCCCCAAAUCAUGGCAGAUUAUCCCAAGGUUUUGUCGAUUUCCUGCUGUUGAUAUGGAAAUCUGCAGGUGCUCCAGGUCCUUUAGGUUUGGAAUGUUCCUUUUCUAUGGAAAAACAAAAGGGGCUGCUCCUCUCAGGGGGUCUCCAAGGAUUAAGGAUCCUGAGGGGUUGGGUUUUUUGUUUUGGUUUUUUUUUUUUGGGAAUCGCUGAGUUUUCCAUGGAUUUUACCACAAGGGAAACACACGGAGGGAUCACACCGGGCUUCCCUGCACUAAUAUCCCAAUUUAUUUUUCUGGGAAGAUGGGAUUUCUCCCAGGAAGAUGGGAUUUCUCUCAGGAUCUCCCUAUUCCCUGGCUCUCUCAGCCCGGCUCUGCUUGCCAGUCAGGGCUGUUAAUCCUCGGCUUUGCCCUAAAUUCCGAUGGAAGGGAGGGAACGGCCGCGCAAAAUCCCCAGAAGAACAUCCCUGCCUCUUCCCAGGGAUUUUCAAGACUUUUCCCAUUUUUUUUCCUGCGCCCAGUGGCUGUUUGGGGAAAUUCCACAUUCCCAGGGAGCAAACUUGGAAAUCCUGGGAUAGUCAAGAUGUUUUGAGGGGUGUCUCACCUCAGUUUUUCCAGGAGUUUUGGCUGCUCCUCCAUCUUCUGGAGGAAUUUUCUCCUGAUUUAAGAGUCCCUCAGAUCCAGCAAGGCUCAAAAAUAAAGGAAAUUCCUCCUCUUCCCUUUUUUUCCACAUCCUGGCUGCUUCCAGGAAGGGUCUUCCCGAGGUCAGGGCUGUCCCUGUCACCCUCAGCCACCCUAAAUUAUUGGAAUCUUAUAGAGGGCAAUUUCAUGGAGUGACAGCUGGAUGGGGGUGACUGGGGAAAUUUGCCAAAGGAAAUUUGUCUUCAAAUCCAGAGCAAAACACAGAACAAAGAUUUAGGAGUCUGUUUUUCCCAGCAUCCUUUAAAAAUAAACUGUUCAAAAUCCCUGAAUUCCUUUUAAUUCUCAAAGCUGGAAAAAAAGGCAGCAGGAAGAUGGCAUGGGCUGGGAAUUGGGAGAUUUUGGGCGGGAAAUGGGAAGAUUUGGGGCUGGGAAUGGGAAGAUUUUGGGCUGGAACUGGGAAGAUUUUGGCUCGUUGGGCAGACGUGCUUUGAAAUUGGGCUCUGUCGAUUUUGGGGGGCUGCUCCUUCAAACCAAGGCCGUGCUGAAAUUCAGGAAAUGCAGGAAAUCCAGGAGUGCUCAUUGGGAUUUCUCUCGGGAAGCAAACAAAGACCAAACCACAGAAGGGAGAAGGUGGACACGCUGUGGGCCAUCGCAUAGUGCGAGCUCGAGGGACAGCAUGGCUGCCACUGCUGCUGUCAGCCCCAGUGAAUACCUGCAGCCCGCCGCCUCUGCCGCCCAGGACUCCCAGCCCUCUCCCCUGGCCCUGCUGGCAGCCACAUGCAGCAAGAUCGGUCCCCCCGCUGUUGAAGCCGCCGCCACGCCGCCGGCCCCUCCCCAGCCCACCCCUCGCAAACUGGUGCCCAUCAAACCCGCCCCGCUGCCCCUGGGCUCAGCCAAGAGCGGCAUCGGAAUCCUGUCCUCCAAAGGGAGCCUCUUCCAGAUCCAGGGCUCCCAGGUGGGCACCUCCUACCCCACAGGGCAGCUGGUUUUCGCCAUCCAGAACGCAGCCGUGCUCAACAAAGGUUCGCACUCUUCCUCCUCAUCCUCCUCGUCCUCCUCCUCCUCCAACAUCCAGUACCAGGCAGUGCCGCAGCUGCAGCCCGGCGGAGCUCAGACCAUCCAGGUGCAGCCCAACCAGAUCCAGAUCAUCCCGGGCACCAACCAAGCCAUCCUCACGCCCUCCUCUUCCUCACACAAACCCAUACCCAUCAAACCGGCGCCGGCGCAGAAAACAGCAUCGGGGACGGGUGGAGUGGUCAAACUGCCCGGGGGCGGCAACAUCACCUUGACCCUGCCCGUCAACAACCUGGUGAGCCCUGAGGCAGGUGGGCAGGCCCAGCUGCUCACGGACAGCCCUUCCAAACUGGGCAAAAAACCUCGGAAAAAGGCCAUGUCCCCCGCCCAGCCAGCCGCCGUGGCCGUGGCCGAGCAGGUGGAGACGGUACUGAUCGAGACCACAGCGGAGAACAUCAUCCAGGCAGGGAACAACCUGCUGAUUGUGCAGAGCCCCGGCUCGGGGCAGCCAGCGGUGGUGCAGCAGGUGCAGGUGGUGCAGCCCAAGCAGGAGUCGCAGGUGGUGCAGAUCCCGCAGCAGGCGCUGCGCGUGGUGCAGGCAGCCUCGGCCACGCUGCCCACCGUGCCUCAGAAAUCCUCCCAGAACUUCCAGAUCCAGGCAACCGAGCCCACCCCCACUCAGAUCUACUUCAAGACUCCAUCUGGUGAUCUGCAGACCGUGCUGCUCCAGGAGGCCUCGUCCUUGCCCGUCGCUCCAUCAUCAGGGACAUCGUGUGGCAGCCCUGUGUCCCACAGUCCCGGCCCCGGCCGCAAGCCGGCCCCACGCAAGGAGCGGCCGCUGCCCAAGAUCGCCCCGGCUGGGGGCAUCCUGAGCCUGAACGCUGCACAGCUGGCAGCAGCUGCCCAGGCCAUGCAGACCAUCAACAUCAAUGGUGUCCAGGUGCAGGGCGUCCCCGUCACCAUCACCAACUCCACAGGCCAGCAGCAGCUGACGGUGCAGAACGUGUCCGGCAACAACGUGACCAUCAGCGGGCUGAGCCCCACCCAGAUCCAGCUGCAGAUGGAGCAGGCGCUCUCUGGGGACAUCCAGCCCGGAGAGAAGAGGAGGAGGAUGGCCUGCACCUGCCCCAACUGCAAGGACGGUGACAAGCGGCCGUGUGAUCCCGGGAAGAAGAAGCACAUCUGCCACAUCCCCGAGUGCGGCCGGACGUUCCGCAAGACGUCGCUGCUGCGGGCGCACGUGCGGCUGCACACGGGCGAGCGGCCCUUCGUCUGCAACUGGGUGUUCUGCGGCAAGCGUUUCACGCGCUCCGACGAGCUGCAGCGGCAUGCGCGCACCCACACAGGUGACAAACGCUUCGAGUGCGCGCAGUGCCAGAAACGUUUCAUGCGCUCCGACCACCUGACCAAGCACUACAAAACCCACCUGGUCACGAAGAACUUGUAGGGCCUGGGGAAAGCUUCCCCUCCCUCCCUCCCACCCCAAGUCCCAAAUCCCAGAGCACUGCAGCACUCCCAGGAGGGACCUUGGGGAUGUCCCCAACCCUCCCGACCGUGCCCCAAAAGAGGGGCAGGGGGUGUCCCUGUGACCCCACAGGCUCAGGGGGGUGGCCCAGAGCCCUCCCAGGAUUUGGGGGCAGGAGCCGGGCACGAAGGGGAUGCCAAGGAGAGGCUCCACAGCACAUUCCUACUUUAUAUUUAAAGUCUAUAAAUAGCUAUAAAUAUCUAUAUGACCCCCUUUGGAAAAAAAUCCCUUUUUUUCUAUGGAGAUUGUUGCCUUACACUCCCCCUUCUCCCAGAUCCCGACCCUGUGGAUCAUGAGUGCUUUUUUUUAUUGUAUUUAAUCCCCAGGAUUUCUCUCCCAAAACUUGAUUUCCAUCCCCCCCGCCCCCAUGGCCAAUUCCUGUCUCCUAAUUUUUAUUCCUGAGCAAUGUUGGCAUUUUCCCUUUUUUUUUUUUUGUUUCUUUUUGUUUUGUUUUGUUUUCUUUUUGUGGGUUCGUUUGUUUGUUUGUUUUGGUUUUUGGUUUUUUUUUUUUAUUUCAUCCCUUUUUUUUUUUUCCUUUUUUCCUGCCCUGUGUGUGGAUCCCCUCCCCUUGUGUACAGUGUACAUUGUAUCAUAGAUUAUAUUGCUUUGGAGCUUUUAAAUUAAACAAAAAAUCCACUUUAUUUUUUAGUUGUUGUGCCCACCCAUGGGCGGUUUUCCCUGGAUUAUGUGAUGGAUCUGUUCCCAGUUUUCUGAGCUGUACCCGGAGGCAGCCGGGAGCUUUUCCUUGCUAAAUAAAUAUAGUCACCAGAGGCAAA